CGAUUAUUUACUAUUGCAGAGGCUGAGUUUGUUGGCUCAACUUCUACCCGUCACAGUUCAAACAAACAAGAUGGCGGGGGCUUCUCUGGCCUAGUCAACAGCCCACCGUUCUUCCAAGAAAGAAAAACAGAAUAAAUAGCGCAGAAUCGAGAGUACCCAGUUCAAGGAAUUUUCUUCUUAUCAGUGAAAGUCAGUCACAAUGUCGCAAAAGUAUGAGGAAGCUGAGUACACGAUUAAGCGUGGGGAUUCCAUGAUUUCUUUCGAGGACUUUGUGAGCUUGAAUGACGAAAGCGUCCAUUCUAAUCUUCCACCGGCGCUGCCGUUUAUACUGAGGUUCAGCAAUCUCACUUACAGCGUUUCGACCGGGAUUCGUUUCAGUAAGAACCGACUGCAGGCCGCCGAACGGAUCGAGAAUUUGAAGCACAAGUUGGUUCUGGAUGACGUUUCGGGCGAGGCGAGAGAUGGCGAACUGUUUGCCGUUUUGGGGAAGAGCGGGUCGGGGAAGUCGACGUUAAUUGACGCGCUUGCGCACAGGAUUUCGAAAGACAGUGUGAAGGGGACUGUGACUCUCAACGGUGAGCCACUCGGCGGGCGGGUGCUGCGCAGUAUUUCCGCUUAUGUUAUGCAGGAUGAUUUGCUUUUCCCGAUGCUCACUGUUAAGGAGACGCUCAUGUAUGCGGCCGAGUUUCGACUGCCCAGGUCGUGUUCUUGGGAGAAAAAGCGCGGGCGGGUCGAGGUCUUGAUCGAUCAGUUGGGUCUCCGGGCUGCUGCGAGGACAAUUGUGGGCGAUGAGGGAAAUCGUGGUGUUUCUGGUGGAGAGAGGCGCCGGGUUUCUAUUGGGAUUGAUAUCAUUCAUGACCCCAUUUUGCUCUUUCUUGAUGAGCCCACCUCUGGUUUGGAUUCGACCAGUGCUUUCAUGGUUGUGAAGACGUUGCAGCGGAUUGCAAGGACGGGUAGUGUGGUUAUCAUGUCGAUUCAUCAGCCCAGUUAUAGGAUUCUUGGCCUCCUUGAUCGUCUCAUCCUUUUGGCUCAUGGCCAGACUGUUUUCAGUGGCUCGCCUGACCGGUUGAUGAGUUAUUUUUCAGAGUUUGGGCACCCCAUUCCGGAGAAAGAGAACGGUACGGAGUUUGCUCUUGAUUUGAUUCAGGAACUGGAAGCAUCUGAUGGGGGGAUACAACCACUGGUGGAGUUCUUCAAGUCAUGGAGAAAGACCCCAAGGUACGGAGAAAUAUCAGACGUUCACACAAGGAGCCUAAACGAGACCAUAAACGCGAGCAUAGCCAGAGGAAAACUGGUAACAGACUCAUCCUCCUCAGGCCAAGUAGCCGAUUUCGCAAACCCACCAUGGGUGGAAAUGUCAGUUCUAAUGAGGAGAGCAUUCACCAACAUCCGCCGCACACCGGCACUCUUCCUGAUGCGCCUAGCAACAGUAAUGGUCACAAGCUUCAUGCUGGCCACCAUAUUCUGGAAACUGGACCACACUCCCCAAGGCAUUACAGAGCGACUGGGUUUCUUCGCAUUUGUGAUGGCGACAACCUUCUAUUCCUGCGCCGACGCCCUGCCCAUUUUCCUGCAAGAGCGCUUCAUUUUCAUGCGAGAGACGGCCUACAAUGCAUAUCGAUGCUCUUCCUACGUGUUUGCACAGACACUGGUUCAGAUACCGUCGAUGGUGAUUCUUGCGGUCGCUUUCGCCGUCACAACUUUUUGGGCCGUCGGUUUGAGUGGCGGGCUGUCGGGCUUUGGCUUCUUCGUCCUGGUUCUCAUUGCCUCCUUCUGGUCGGCCAAUUCCUUCGUUACCUUUCUCUCCGGGGCGGUCACAAAUCUGAAUGUCUCUUACACCAUUGUAAUCGCCCUUCUGGCCUAUUUCUUGCUCCUUAGUGGGUUCUUCAUCACCCGGAGCAGGAUCCCACCAUACUGGAUCUGGUUUCAUUACAUUUCUCUAUUUAAAUACCCUUAUGAAGCUGUGCUUCAGAAUGAGUUUGGGAGGGCCGAGGAGUGCUUUGCUAGGGGAACUCAGGUCUUCGACGGGACGCCCAUGGCCAGUCUUAGCCCUCAGCUUCAGAUGUCUUUUCUUGCGCUUCUUAGCUCGCAAACUAAUAUCAACAUUACUUCAACUACUUGCGUUAUCACUGGGUCUGAUGUUCUGAAGGCGGAGGACGUCACGCAGCUUGAUAAAUGGAUGUGUGUCUUGGUCACUUUCUGCUGGGGUUUCUUCUUCAGGUUCUUGUUCUACAUUUCUCUUUUGCUUGGCAGCAAAAACAAGAGGCAUUGACACCAUUUGCUACUACAUUUUUUCUUCUUCCUCCAACUCAAGUGCCAUGUUCAUUUCUAGAUCUGCAUUUCGUGGUGGCGGAUUUCUUCUGGUUGAACACUGCCAUCGAAUAAGUAAUGGUCGAAUGGAAAGAACCUGAAUCUGUAUCUACCCAAUUCUGCUUUUUAAUUCAUGGAACUUGUGUCUA